GCGCGCGGCGGGGGGCCGUUGGGGUGCGCGUCAGCCGCAGUGGACACCGCCGCUGCUGCCGCCGCCAUGCAGCUGACGGUGAAGGCGCUCCAGGGCCGAGAGUGCACCCUGCAGGUGUCAGAGGACGAGAUGGUGUCCUCGCUGAAGCUUCUGGUCUCCGAGCAGCUGAACGUCCCUGUGCGCCAGCAGCGGCUGCUGUUCAAGGGCAAAGCCCUGGCAGAUGGGAAACGACUCUCAGAUUACAGCAUUGGCCCCAAUUCCAAGCUCAACCUAGUGGUCAAGCCUCUGGAAAAGGUGUUACUGGAACAAGGCACUGCGCGAAGACAGGCAGAGACGCAGUCCCGACCACUAGCUCCACCCUCAGAGACUUGGCAGGUGAUUGCCAAAGUUCUGGGCCGACACUUCAGCGCAGCAGAUGCCAACAGGGUGCAGGAACAACUCCAGCGGGAGUAUGAGAGGUCCCUGAGCCGCCUGACGAUGGAUGACAUUGAACGCUUGGCUAGCCGCUUCCUGAACCCUGAAGUGAUCGAGGCUACAGAGAAGGGGCUGUCCAAAUAAGAUCCUUGGCAUGUGGGAGGAGGCAUGGCUGCAUGUUGCAUUAAAUGUGUUCUCAUUAAUCAAAUAAAAAUAGCUGGCUGGUAACUGUCUCUUGCUAGGUGCCGGUCACUGUCAAAAG